AUCGUUCUGACUCAGAGAGAUUAGCACUUCUCGAACUGUAGGAGGCGCUGUGACCAUCUUAGUCCAGUAAAUCCACCGGUAAAACCACUGAAGAAGAAAAGACGGUUGGAGGCUUACAGACUCGUUGUUGAGCAUGAAAGCGCAGGUGGAUGUGGUCUGCUGUAAAUCAGUAGGAACUGAUCUGUCCAUGCUGGAUAUUGAGGAUUUCAUCACAGAAAUCUGUCAGCUGAAGAAAGAGGUGGCUUCACUGGAGGCAAAGCUGAGAGAAAGAGGAGACAAACUGAACAGAGAGGAUGUGGAGCAGGUUUGGGUGCGUGAGACUGAUGGGACAGAAGCUCAGGAUUCAGUCUGGAGCGUCAGAGAUCCAGAGACACACAGGACUCAGAGCUCAGCCUCACUUUACUCUGUUAUACUGACGCUCAGGAUCAUGAAUCCACUGAUCAAACCUCUGACUGUAACGCUGGAGAACAGCAGAUGCUGCAGACGCCGCUGAAGAUGUGCUCCGUCAAACUGGUGGACUGCAGGAACCUGAUCGAGAGCAGAGGAGAAGAAACCACCGCAGAGAAACAACAACACAAUGAUGAGGAAGAGGAGGAGGAGGAGGAGAAUAAUGGGGAGGAUGAUGAUGAUGAUUUCAUUCCUCCAGAUGAUAAAGGCUGUUCAUCUUCUGAUGCAGAAACAGAUUUGACAUCAAAAGAGCAGCUGACGGUCAAGAGUUUCUCCUGCAGCACCUGUGGAAAAACACUGAGUUCAGUGGGUCAUUUAGUAAGACAUGAGAGAAAACACACAGAACGAAAAGACUUCACCUGUAGGAGAUGCAAAAUCAGCUUUCCUACCGCAGAAGAGAGGAGACUUCAUUGGAAAGAGCACAGCGGGAAGAAGGAGUUUCACUGUGAACAGUGCGGCAAGGUUUUUUUCAUUCAUUCUAGACUAAAAGUUCACUUGAACAGUCACGGUGAAAAGUCUUUCCACUGCAGCGAAUGUGACAAGUAUUUCAGCACCAAAGGAAGUCUUGAUUCUCAUAAGCGAAUCCACACGGGAGAAAGACCAUACAAGUGUCCUCACUGCGAGAAGAGCUUCAACCAGGGAUCUCAUCUGAAGAAACAUGUGCGUGUUCACACCAAUGAGAGACCGUAUCAGUGCAGUGAAUGUGGCAAAGCCUUUAAAAGCUCAUGCUCUCUAAAGUCACACCUGACCAUCCACUCCGAUGAGAAACCGUUUCAGUGCAAACACUGUGACAAACAAUUCCGUUUGAUUUAUUGUCUGAAAAAUCAUGAGAGGACUCACACCGGAGAGAAACCAUAUCUGUGCUCCUACUGCGGGAAGAGCUAUUCUGAUCAACGUUCUUUUUUUUCUCAUAAGAGAAUCCACACUGGAGAAAAACCAUAUCACUGCAGCAUCUGUGGGAGGAGUUUCAGAAAAAAUAGUAUUUUACAAAAGCACAAGAGGACUCAUACUGGAGAAAGACCGUUCAAAUGCUUUCAGUGUGAAAAGACGUUUUCUCGAUCAGACAUCCUAAAGGUCCAUCAGCGAGUUCAUACAGGAGAGAAACCUUACUCCUGCUCCAUCUGCGAAGGUCGAAGUCCAUUGUUUGUUCACUUUGCCAUAACGUCUCCAAGAACAACUUCCUUUAUAGCAGUGGUCACCAACCUUUUCAAGCCGAAGAUCCCUGACCUCGGCCUUAAUGAACGGCAAGAUCUACCUAUCGAAUAAUAGAUAGAAAAAGACAGCCCAUAUUGUUCUUCCAACUUGAUGCCUUUUAUUUAGUAUUUGAAUUUAAUAUACAUUAGAUGUUCUUUUCUUUUUCUUUUUUUACUUAACUCGGAAGCAACCAUCAUAUAAUCAGUUCAUAUGAAGUGGCACUGAACUCAAGAAAAAUGCCAUUGUCAGUAGUAAAAUGCUUAUUCACUGAAGUUUCUGAUGGUACUACCUACCCUUAACAUUUUAUAAAUGAACGGUGCAAACAAAAUUAUCAACAAUCUCAAUUAAGCUAAGUGCAGUUAUGUCCCAUCAUAUGCAACAUCACUUUUCUCAAUGCCACCAGAAGGCAAAACUGCUGAAGUAAUGUUACUCACUCAAGUCAGUGUGAUGGCUGUGACUGAAUACUCUCUGUGAGUCCUCUGAAUUCUGGCUCAUAGCUAGAGACAGCCAGUUUGAGGUCUGUGAGGUGUCUGUCAGUAAGACGGUUCCUGUAUUUUGAUUUGAUUAUUUUCAUCUGUGAAAAUGCCAUUUCACAGAGGUAAGUUGAUCCAAAAUAGGCACUCACUUUUAGUGCACAUGCAGUAAGGAGCGGAAACUUUUCUCUGUUGACAAGUCCCCAAAGGUCACUGUCCCUUGAUCUGGCUUUCAGCUCAAUGUCAUUUUGCAAAUCAACCAUCUCCAUGUCAACUCCACUUGACAAAGAAAAUACUUGCUGGAUUUUGGCUGCAACCUGUUCUAUAUCAAUGAGCAUGAAUUGGUUUGAGACAAAAUGCAGCAAUGCAUUCCAUUUCAUUUAACUCACCAAAACGCAUAUUGAACUCUGUUGCAACUUUGUCCAGGUGAGCACAGUAUUUCUCAGGGUGAAAAACGCCCUUGUCUUUAAUGCUCUGUGACAUUUUUUCCAGGUUGGGAAAGUGUGUUAGCCUCCCGUUUUUAAGAUGUGUGAUCCAAACAUCAAGCUUAGACUUAAAAGCAUUCACUGCACUGAUCAUGUGAGGCAGGUGUCGGUCUUUUCUCUGGAGCUUGUUAUUGAGUGUAUUCAGCUUUGCUGUCAAGUCUGUCAGAAACCCCAGGUCACACAGCCACGCAUCAUCUGACAGUUCCUUGUGCUCCUCGUUUCUUGCAGAUAGAAAUGUCUUUAUCUCAGGCAGUAAGUCAACAAACCACUGGAGCACUUUCCCACGGCUCAACCACCAUGAAGUAGUAGGCCUCUGUACGCGGCAUCGAGCUCAUCCAGUAACGCCUUGAAUAAGCGACGCUGAAGUGCUUUUGCUCGUAUCGUGUUUAUCAGUUUGACCACCAAUGACUUUCCCUGCUAAGGCCUGCUGAUGAAUGACACAAUGAUAAUUCUUGAAAAUCAGGGUCAUUACGGCACAGUGCUAUAAAACCAAGGCGCACGUCACGCAUCGCAGGUGCUCCGUCUGUGGUAAUUGCUACCAGUUUAUGAAUGGGGAUAUCAUUUUCGCUUACAUAUUUUUUAAACUCGGUGUAAAUAUCCUCACCUCGCGUUCUCUCCUUUAAGUGCGAAAGAGUGAGGAAGUCCUCUUUUGUUGUAGAAUCCUGGAAAGCCAUUCUGACAAAAACAACAAGCUGAGCUGUGUCCACUGCAUCCAGAGAUUCGUCGAACUGCAGUGAAAAAUAUUCACAGAGUGACAAGUCCUUUAACACCUGUCGAUCCACGUCCUCUGACAGUGAUUCGACCCUCCUUGCCACUGAUUCAGGGCUGAGAGGCACAGCACGGAGUGAGGCUUUUAUGUCGUCUUUGUUUUUGAAAUCCUUGAAAAUAGUCUCUGCAGUAAUGGCCAUGGCUUCCUUGAAUAAUUCGCCAUCCGUAAAAGGCUUUUUGUUUUUAGCCAGAAAGUGACUUACACGAAACGAUGCUUCAGUAGCAGCCUUAUUUUGAUCAGCAGAUUUUGUAAAAAGUGAUUGCUGGGCCUUCAACUCAGAUCUCAGCUCGUCAACUUUCCGUGCACGAAUCGUCCUCUUUUGCGGGUAGCGGUCUUUAAAUUUCGGGUGGUUAGUAUUGUGAUGCCGCUCGAGAUUCCCUCUUUUACAUAAUGCUUGUUUUUGGUGGCACAACAUACAUACACACUUCUCUUUUACCAAGGUAAACAGAAAUUCCUGUUCCCAUUCUGGAUAAAAAUUGUAUGUUUUUGCCUUCUUUCAUGGGGCCUCCGCCAUUCUAGUUUGUAGUAUGUUACCUCGCACGGGCUAUCACCAUGGAGAUCCAUAUUGACGUUUGCGACAGUUAAUUUAUGGGUGCUCUUCUUUUAUCUGAUUGGUCACUUCAUUGAAAAUAAAGCAGUUGGAUUAAGAAAUACAGAUGCUUGCAAAACUGAAAACGUUUUUAUUUUCGGGAGCUACCGGGACAGUGAUAAAGAUCUACCGGGUUGGCGACCACUGCUUUAUAGCAACAAAUCUGGCUUUUGAAGUGGACAUUCAAACGAGAAUGCUUUGCUCUCAGUUGUUGAAGCCCUAAUACUGACAAGAGCGGAAUCCAAAUCUUCAACACUUAUCUUGCUUGAUCUGUUAACUACUUUAGACAUUGUUAACGGCCAGAUCCUCCUGUCAAAUCUAUUGGCAAAACGCAUCUCAGGAACCGCACUCCAGUGGUUUGAGUCUUACAUUUACAUUACGUUUAAUCAUUUAGCAGACGCUUUUAUCAAUAGCGACUUACAAAUUAGAACAACAGAAGCUAUCAGACAACAAGAGAACAACAACAGUAUACAAGUGCCACGACAAGUCUCAGUUAGUCUAUUACAGAACACGUAGUCAGGUUUUUUUGUUUUGUUUGUUUUUUAAGAAUAUGAUAGACAAUAAAAGAAAAGGUAAGUGUUAGUAUUAAUUGGUUAAGUGCUGGUGAAAAACAUGAGUGUUUUUUAAAAUGAGUGAAGAUUGUGAGAGUGAUUUUGAACCUCUUUGGGAUGGUACCACACGGUGUCGUUCAUUUGCAGAGCGCAAACUUCUGGAGGGCACAUAAGAUUGAAAUAGUGAGUUUAGGUAUGUUGGUGCCGUGCCAAUGGUCGUCUUGUAGGCGUACCUUGAAUUUGAUGCGAGCGGCUACUGGUAGCCAGUGUAACCCGAUGAAGAAAGGAGUAACGUGAGCUGAUUUUGGCUCCUUGAAGACAACCCUCGCUGCUGCAUUCGGGAUCAGUUGGAAAGGCUUGAUCGUACAUGCAGGAAGGCCCGCUAGGGGAGCAUUACAAUAGUCCAGUCUGGAGAGAACAAAAACUUAAUGUGAUCGUAUUACCUAUCAGAUAGUUCCUUCAAAGUAUCUUGGAGUUGUGAGGUGUCCAAGUUGCAACAUCUAACUACUGGGGUGCCUCAAGGCUCAGUUCUUGGACCACUUCUCUUCUCUGUUUACAUGGCAUCAUUAGGUUCUGUCAUUCGGCUUUUCAUACCACUGCUAUGCUGAUGACACUCAACUCUACCUCUCAUUCCAUCCUGAUGAUCCGACGGUAGCUAUUCGCAUCUCAGCUUGUCUAACAGACAUUUCUUGCUGGAUGAUGGACCAUCACCUUCAACUCAACCUUGCCAAGACAGAACUGAUUGUGGUUCCAGCAAACAUAUAAUUUCAUCACAAUUUCACUAUCAAGCUGGGCACAUCACCCAUAAAUCAUUUAUAAACAGCCAGAAGCCUUGGAGUUCUGAUUGAUGAUAAGCUAACUUUCUCCAAACCUGCAGAUAUGCUUUAUGUCACAUUAAGAAGAUAAGGCCAUUUCUUUCAGAACAUGCUGCACAACUCCUUGUUCAAGCUCUUGUUCUGUCCAGGCUGGACUAUUGCAAUGCUCUCUUGGCAGGUUUUCCAGCCAGUUCUAUCAAACCUUUAAAAAUUAAUCCAGAACGUGGCAGCAAGAUUACACCUCAAGAAAAGAAUACACCUCACAUCUCUACCUAUAGCUGCUCAUAUACAAUUCAAGCCAUUGAUGUUUGCCUACAAAACCACCAGUGGUUCUGCACUCCUUUACCUAAAUUCAUUACUUCUGACUUAUGUGUCCACUAGAAGCUUGCGUUCUGCAUGUGAACGUCACUUGAUUGUGCCAUCCCAAAAAAACCCGAAUGUCCUUAGCCAUCUUCAAGUAUCAGCUUAAAACACAUUUCUUCCAUCUUUAUUUGACCCUCUAAAUGUAGCAUUCACUAUUCUAAUGCAAUUCUUUAAAAUAAAAAUCUUAACUACCAAUCUAAUUUUUAAUCUAUUUGUAUUCUGUUUUCUUUAAAUUUAUUAUACAAUUAUAAAAAAGAACUCUAACACUAGUUGCUCUAUUCUUUUUCUAUUCUGUUUUCUUUUUAUUUAGUAUAUUAUUUAAAAGCCCUUGCUACGUGUUCUGCGUUUAAGCUAAUUGAAACUUGUUAUAGUACUUGUAUAUGUUUACUGACUUGACAGUUUUCCAGAAGAUGAUAAUCAACACCCUCCACAAGGAGGUAAGUCACAGAAGGUCAUUGCUGAAAGGACUGGCUGUUCACUGAGUACUGUAUCAAAAUAUAUUCAUAGAAGGUUGACUGAAAGGAAAAGAUGUGGUAAGAUAAGGUGAACAAGCAACAUUGAUGAACACAGCCUUGGGAAGGUUGUCAGGAAAAGCCAAUUCAAGAACUUGGGAGAGCUUCACUAGGAGUGGACUGAAGCCGGAGUCAGCGCAUAAAGAGCCACCACACUCAGAUGUCUUCAGGAAAAGGGCUACAGCUGUCACAUUCCUAGAAUCAAGCCACUCCUGCACCAGAAAAACAGAACAGUCCUCUUUUCAGAUUAAAGUAACUUUAGCAUUUCAUUUGGAAAUCAAGGUCUGGAGAAAGACUGGAGAUGCACAGAAUCCAAAGUCCAGUAUGAAGUUUCAGAAGUCAGUGAUGAUUUGGGUAGCUGUGACAUCUGCUGGUGUUGCUCCAUUGUGUUUUAUCAGUCCAAAGUCAAUGCAGCCAUCUACCAGGAGAU